AUGUCACUGUACGCGGAAGAUGACCUGGGUGGAUACUUGGCUCAGGAGGAUACCUCUUCUGUCGGGACGACCCCAGGGGAUCCAUUACACGCUUUAACAACAGCAUUGGCAUUACCAUCCGAAUCACCCGCUCAACAAGAUGGUCUGUUCGAAGCUGCAAAGAAGUUUGAAGGAAAUCCUGGGAAAUUACCUGAGCUCGUCCCUCAGUUGCUCGGAUUGAUCUCAGAUGGGGGAGAUUCAAUGUUAAGGUUCUGGACAUUGGAUAUGAUCGCUUUAGCUGUUGGGAGGAGUGGAUUGAAACUUGAUAUCAAACUACAUGUUGCUCAACAAUGUCUGGAGGCAUUAGUAAAGCUUCUGAAUUCGCCAUCGAUAUCAACGAUCAAAGCUGUCAUUCCAAUAUUUUCAACUAUCUACCCAUUGAUGUUCCGACUCCUAGCUACUUCUAGACCGCAACCCGAAAUAGUCGAUCUAUUCAAUGUAUCCAAGAGGAAGAUAUUGACUCUAGCUUUGGAUCCCACUUCUCAUCCUGGCAAUGUUGGAAUCAAAGCUGCCGCCUGGAAAUUCCUACAGAAAGUAGUAUUGGCGGGUACGAGAGCUGCGGGAGCUGAUCCGAGACUUCAACACAGAGCAACAAAUCCUAAAGAUGUCAAUCUAAGUAUGAUUCAACCUGAUUGUGCAUUAAAUCCAGCGGAAAUUGAAGAAGAAGGAAGCGCUCUUCUCACUCAAUUGGUCACCCAUCUGUAUUCAUUAUCUGAUCCUGCUUUGCUUCAUCCCCUGAUCAAUACUCUUCCCGUGCUGUGUAAAUCACGACCCAUGAUCGCAGAUGCACUCAUCAGUUCAAUGACACUUUGGACACCGUCAGCUUUGGGUGCAGCAGGUAGACAACCAAUGGAAAUCAGGGCGGUGGAAAAAACUAUGCGGAUUGUCAUGUCUCACCUUCUACGACAUCCUCCAUUCGCGAAUUUCUCCGCUCGAUUGAAUGAAGCUUUAGUCCGUCAGAAACAACGGAUGGAAUCUGCUUUCGUCGUCGAGGCGUCUACACGGAAAGAGAGACGAAAAGCCAAAGCACCAGGUAAACAUGCUAUGGAAGCUGAAUCAAGUGAACAAGCUCAAAAAAGAGCGAGAUUGGAGGUACAGACAGGUAGUGGAAUAGGCAAAGGUCCAGAGGUGGAUAUAAGUGAUAUACCUGUCGACAAGGUCAUAGAUGCUGUUAUGGAGGGCUUGGAUAUAGUGCCCAUAGAGCUAUUGAAUGUAGCUUUCGACAAUGCCAGAAGAGCCAUAACAGAAGGUUCAAUAAAUGCAAUUCCGGUAUUAGCUUCUGCAUUGGGAUUAAGCAAAAUGGAACCGAAAGAGGAAGACUUUGAUGAAGUGCUGAAUCCCUUAGAUAUGGAUCUGGAUGAUGAUGAUCUAUUGCUUGAAGGACUUGAUGAACAACCAGAAGAGGAAGACCAACAACUGACAUUCACAUCUUUCACCCUUCCUCAACCGGAACCCUUGGAAUUAGAUGACAAAUUAUACGUUCUGUCAACGGCCUUACAGAGGAUUUGGACAACAGGUGCCGAUCUAUCGACUUUGCCCGAUCCUAAAGAAGACGUAGAGACUGAUGCACUGAAGAUGGCUGUGAAGCCGAAAGAGAUGUGGAUGCUUUUGUUAGCUAGAUUAGCGACGAGGGUACAUGGAGAUGUGGACAAGGAGAGACGAAAAGCUGUAGCAGAUUAUGUCGUGGAGGAUUUCGUAAAUCGGUCCAAAUUUGCUUCUAUAUGGCUCAACGAAGAAUGGUACACAUCGAAAUUGUCCCCAUCUCCAUCGUCCGCUUAUACCGACAAUCUGUUAUCGAUACUGAACGCAUAUUUACCUAAAAUCGAUUCCAAGGAUAAAACGCUCUCAGCAUUCAUUUCUGACCUUCCUGAAAUUCCUCCACAGCUCGUUGAACUACUUGAGGGAUUGUGCCAAGACGUUGAUCGGAAUCUCGUCGGGUUCUUAGCACUCAGGGACAUCGUCGAAGCUCGUCCUCCAGCAAGAAAGGCUGCCUUAGACGCUCUGUUGGGGUUGUGUACUCAUCCAGAGAGGAGGAUACGAGUUUUAGCUAUCAUCACCACAGUCAGGAAAUGGGGUCCUGAAUCACCUAUGAUGCCUACAUUGGUCAAAUACGCUUUAGGUGUAUUGUGGAGAUUGAGACCUCAAGACGACGAGGAUGUCCGGAUGGAAGAAGGAUUAGUGAUUCCUGAUCAGAUAGAAAGCAAAUUCUUGGAAGAAGUGACACCGGAAAGUGUACAACAACAUGUCGAAUUAGCUUUUGCUUUGACUAAAAGAAAACAGGAAUUGUUAGAUACAAUCUUCCAACUUUACCCCUUACUCCCACCGGAAAUACAAAACUCACUGGAGGCGCAAUUAAUGCCUCUUAUCCAGUCUUUGGGACCAACGGAGAAAUUGUUAGAAAUCCUCAAAUCGUUCCCUGAAGGAGCGGAGAAGUUGGUCAUGCGGAUCAUCGGUGUAUUGAGUGAAGGAGGAUCGAAUCCAGCUUUGACAAGUGUGAUCAAGACUCUGCUAGCGGAGAAAGAGGUUGAAGGGAAAUUUGUGGCUUCAGUGGUUGGUGAUCUGGACAAGGCUGAGAUUGAACACCAAUUACCUCGAAUCGUAGCUCUUCUGGCCAACCCAGAUGAUAAAGAUCUUGUCAGGACUGCUUUCGCUUCUAUGUUGGGUAAGAUGACCCCCGCGGAUCUGAUGGUGGCUUUGCAUCAAGACGAAACUCAAUUAAAAUAUACCAUUGAAGCUAUCGGCAUCUGUUUCUCAAUGACAACGGUAUUCCGAUCUGAUGUAUUAGCCAACUCUAUGUCAAGAAUAGCAGAUUCUGCUAAUUUACCAGUCGUAUUCUUAAGAACAAUCAUUCAAGUAGUCACGACAUAUAAAUCACUGAUACCGUUCGUCGCCAACCAUAUAUUACCAAAACUGAUCUCCACAACCAAGAAGAUAUGGGAAACACCACCUAUCUGGGAUGGAUUUAUCAGAUUAGCUAAAUUGAUCGCACCUGCAAGUUUCGGUGCUCUACUUCAAUUACCAAAAGAACAAUUGAAAGAAGUGGUCAAGAAACAACCUGCGUUAAAAGGCGGGCUGAAAACUUUCUUAAUGAACAAACCUGGAAGCAAAGCUGCCCUGGCGGAGAUCUUUGGCGAGGAAGAAGUCGUGACACAAUCAUAA